ACCGGCCCAAAAUAAUUCAACAUGCUGGCUCGGACCAUUAUCUGGCGUGCUGGACGCGGGGUGCUCUAUCAGCUGCAUCGAAGAACGUAUGUCUCGACCGCACUGACUCCGGAGCAGAUCAAAGUCGUUCAAUCGACCAUCCCCGCACUGGAAAAACACGGCGUCGAGAUCACAACGCUCUUCUAUCGCCAGUUGCUAAAUAAACACCCUGAGCUCAAGAACAUCUUCAACACUGCCCAUCAAGAUACAGGCGAGCAGCCAGCCGCCCUCGCGCACGCCGUGUGGGCAUAUGCCGCCAAUAUUGAGAACCCUGAUGCCAUGAAGGCAGCCAUUUCCCGCAUUGGACAUAAACAUGCGAGCUUGGGAGUUACUGCAGACCAAUAUACCAUCGUCGGCCAAGGGUUACUCUCGGCGAUCAAGCAAAUCCUCGGGGACGGAGUUAAUUCAAAGGUCUUGGAUGCUUGGGAAGCUGCAUACCGCCAACUCGCCGAGUAUUUCAUUAAUUUUGAGGAAGGAUUGUAUCAAGAGGCCAUGGCGACACCCGGCGGCUGGAAAGGAUGGCGCAAGUUCUUCAUCUCUGACAAAGUGAGAGAGAGCGAGGAAAUUAUCUCAUUCCAUCUCACGCCAGCCGACAAGGGAGCCUUGCCAUCCUACAAGCCUGGCCAGUUUGUCAGCAUCCGAUGCUUUAUGCCUGAGCUUGGGGCAUACCAGCCCCGGCAAUAUAGUCUAUCUGACGUGCCAAAUGGAAAGUAUUUUCAAAUUUCCGUUAAAAGAGAAUUUGCAUCGGAUAUAAAACCGGCCGGCCGAGUAUCCAAUGUUCUUCACGAUUCGCUGCCGGAGGGGUCGGAGGUGGAUAUCAGCAUGCCAUUUGGUGAUUUCGUCUUGGACAUCAACAAUACAGCGCCCGUGGUGUUUAUUAGCGGAGGAGUCGGACUGACACCUAUGAUGGCAAUGCUGAAGAAGAUAACGGAGGAAGGAAAACCGAGGAAAGUGGUGUUCAUCCAUGCUGCACGCAACUCACGAGUCCAUGCUAUGAAAGAUACCCUUAUCGAGAUUGUGAGAGACCAUCCGGAAGUCACCCGCCUUGUUUACUAUGAGCGGGUUGAAGAAGACGACAUACUGGGGCUUGAUUACGAUCACGAGGGGCGCGUGGACCUUGCAGAGGUUAAGCAUAAGGUGAUUCUGCCAGAAGCGAAUUACUACAUCUGCGGGCCACGGCCGUUUAUGAAUUCACAGAGCAAGGCACUUCGGGAUUUGGGUGUUGAUGAGAAACACAUUCACAUGGAGGUAUUUGGGUCGCCAACUUCCUGAUGCUAUAUGGAAGUUUCCCCUUAUCUACAACAGUUUAACUUUUAACUUAACCCCGCAAUUCCAACUAUUCCCUGGCCAGGCUAUCGCGACAUUGCCAAGCCUGGUUCUCACACUCCUGAGUUCACGACUGGUUGCGCUCUGGCAGAUUGUUGCGUCGGUUAUAAGUACCCAAGCCCCAGCACUGUUUUCUUUGUCAUGCCAUUAGUAGUAUAAAGUCAGAAUUAGUGUCUCUCAUUGUCUUUCUG